CUGGGAAGUUCUCAGUUUACACUAAAAAGAAAAGGAGUACUUGUGGCACUUGAGAGACUAACAAAUUUGUUUGAGCAUAAGCUUUCGUGAGCUACAGCUCACUUCAGCCGAUGCACGCAGUUUACGCUGUGAUUGAUCUGCACCGAGAUUGGUGCCUGUUGUUCCUCCUACAUAUAGUUCUCUCUCUCGUGCUCUCUGGCCGUCGGAGAACUCAGAGUGGAAGUUCAGGAAUCCAAAAAUUGGCUACUUCAAAUGUAGCACAGUCACGGGCUAUGCCCCAUACUUUCCACUCACCUAUAAGCAUAAACCUCUCCCACUCAUAGGAUAUCCUGGCCUCCUGCAAACAAAAUCCCACUGUGAGAUGGACUACAAAAGAAAUGAUUUAUUAAGGAUUAGUUGCACGCCUGAUAUUCCUGCUAAGAAAGGUUAGAGAGAGAACUGGGAAAGGGCUGGGCAAAUACCAGAUACUUGGGUUUUCCAAACUCUCUCACUGCUCUACGAGCAAUGCUGCUUCUGAGGGAGAGAAGAGUAUGGGAUACCCUGGGUAAGAUUUACUUGGAGACAAUGGUGAAGGAGAUUCCAAAUUGCCAUGGGCCCUUCUCCCAAUAUCUCCUCCCCAGCUGCUCCUCUUGCCCACAUCAGAUCCGUCUCUGAGGUACAGUGCUCCCCCACCCACAUUAGAUAGAUUCAGAAACAAUUAACAUAUCCCUAACCAGGGUCAUAGCUGUAUCUUGAAUUACACUGUUAAAAAGGGCACACACACAACACCAAACCAAACCGAUUUCUCUCUCUCAGGAACAGCCUGAAAACUUGUUGGAAGGUUUUGAAAUAUACUGAACAGUUGAAAGGUUUUAAAAUAUACGGACCUAUUUCCUUGCUACGUAUACAUAUAGACCCCCACUCUAAAUAGUUGCUUCGUGGGGGUGGUGAAGCCAGGCUCUUCCGUUUGAUAGCCCCAGACAGCGGGUGUGAUUAGGAUACUGCCCUGCCCGCUGAGUGAUGGUGUCAAGAGUGCCACACAAAAUUAUCCCAGCAAUGUCUGCCCCCCCGCUUUUGUACAAGCCCCAAAUCUUCCCCUACAACAGAGACCCUGGUUCAAAAGGUCACUGGAUGUUGUUUCCCAGGAGGCUUUAGAGAAUGAAGACCUAUCUCCCAAGUGCGUGAAUGCACCAGUCGAGUACGGCGGGGGAGUGGAGGGAAAUGGGCCUCUCAGCUACCUGUAGUCAAGGGUCAACUGAAAAGGAAAGAAAAGAAUAAAUCCUGGCCUUGUCUGAGUUCAGCCUUCCACUAGCUGCUGCGAGGUGGGGUGGCCUAGUCUGGGGUUGUGCACAGCUCAGACAGGGCCUUGACUCAGGACUGGCCUGGGAACGCUUUGGCAGACAGGCAGCCAUCACCCCUCAGGGCUCGCCACCUUCUCCCUGUACAUGGGCUAGCACGAAUUCCCCCAGGCUAGGGCUAGUGACAGCUCCCUGCAUGGCUGGUCUCAGCAGCACAGUAGGGGGGUUACUGGGCUCCCACAGCUCAGCCCCUCCCUGCUGCUCCAUGCACUUACUUCCACUGGGAUCUCUGUGGCUCUCUCUUGUUCCCUUGCAGCAGGUCUCUGAUCUCCCAGAUCGCUCUCCACAGCACCCGUCUCUGGUGCUACCAGCCCUGCUCAGCCUCACUGCCCCAUCCUCUCCACCUAGCUGGUUGGGAUAAAAGCAGGUACACAGCCCCUGAGCUCCCCCCCGUCUCUAGAACCAAGGUCAGGGGAGCUCUCCCGCAGUGUGCUAGGAGGGUGGGUGUUUACUGCGGGGAGCUUAUUCCCUGGCAAGUCUGCAUCAGGGCCAGGCCCAGUCUGGCCACAACCAAUGGCUAUUGUGAGCGUCCCCAUUGCUGAACAACUGCCUGCUUCAUUUUUCACGUCAGCUACAAUACGAAUUGGGUUGAAUUUAUAAACGGGUCAUUGUUCCCCCUGCAUUUAGAAACACGGUUCUCUCACAGAGAGGAGGGGACUGAAAUUAGAACACGAGAUAUUCCCCACCACAGCAGCUCUCUGGCCAGUGCUGUGCUCAUUGCAGGGGGCUGUGGAGUUUCUACUAGCUCAGUGCUUAAAAUCGGUAGGAGGGCUAGUUAACACUACUGCCUCUGAUGUCAGCACCUCCAUCAGCUGACUGCCCGUAGCUAUGAGACCACACAGCAAUGCUAGCUCCUUGUUACUUGUAAACAAGCGUACACCAUGUACUGAAUUUGAGCUUGUUAUCUUAAUUAACCUGCAGUUGGAAAACCGGUGGAAACACAUUUCACCACAAGGUAAAGUGGCAUUGAAGCUUUUCUGACAAUUAUGUGUUAGGAGUUGUGUGGCUGGCUAAUAAUAAGGUCUCACAGGUGUCUAAUAACCUUUACCAUUGAUUGUAGAGAGUGCUUUCAGGUGGGUAUUGUACUUGAUGUGGUUCUUGUGCUUAUCAUAGCUUUCUUGUAUUUAUAAUUUGCAGCGGAAGGCUGUUCAAAUGAUAAGAUCACCUGAGAUAAGCAAAGUAAAAUUGCACUAAGCUGCAUUAAAAACAUUUUAACGGUAUAGUACCUGGUAGAUCACUAUCCAAGACUGUCCGUCGCCACUGUAACAGUGUUACUAGAAUAAAACACUUGGGUUUUUUUUUAUUGAUUAACUUGAUUGUCACACAAGCUGGUUUCGUGUAUUAUACACGAUCAUCAACCUCAGAGUCUGCACUGGGCAGAAGUGACAAGCUCAUUCUCCACAACAUGUUUAUUUUAAAAAUGACACUUCUAAUCCCCUGUAAAUUUCACUUUGCUAUUCAGUUAUUUAAGGCACAUGUAGUACUGUUACUUUAAAAAAAAAAAAAAAGGGAAAGGGUUGAUUCUGAAUAUUCUCUAUGUAAAAUAGAAGAUUUAAUAGAAAUAAAAUAAUUGUAACAGACUCCAAGAGUCAGAUUUUUAAAAUGAUCAUGUAAAGCUGCAUUCAAAACUAAGCUUUGCGCAUACAGAUUGGGUAGAUGAACAUCUGAACUGUCCAAUUAGCAUGUGCAAAUGCUUGCCUGUGUGCAACCAGUGUAUGCAAAAUUAGCAUAGUUUUGGAGGUGAGUUUGAGGUAGUCUGAAACCAUGAGACAGGCAGCUGAUGAAUAUUUUCCUCAUUUAUCUUAGCUAAUUGUAAGGGUUUUAGUGCAAACUCUAACUUUAGCCACUCGCUGGAGCAUUUCACUGCCAUGCACUAGCAUGAUUUGCGUGGUUUGUGAUGAGAUUAGGUGGAGAGGAAACCUGAGGCUGCAGAAUUAAGCUGGAGCUCUUCUGAGCCUAGCUAGGGUUUUCCCACCAGCUUUUUGGCGUGCUUGUGUCAGGUCAGGCUGGUCAGACUACAGGAGCAGCUGUGAAAUAUCUGAUCUUUUCUGCUCCUAGACUUGUCUGGCAGUAGGAAGUGCAGCAGCAUAAGAAAGUGAAAAUUGAUAAAGAGGAAAUAGUACAAACUCAAAGGGUUUGUUGGGGUUAGUUUGAAUUUUGAGCGGUUGAGCAAGUUGUCUUGUGUCAUCUGAGCCAUUUUGACUAAUGGGGAGCUGACGUUAACAUGCUGGGCCAAAUUCACUACUAGUGUAAAUGAUUACUGACAUCAAUGGUAUGCUUCAGAUCCCCAAACACUUCAUUAUGCUAUAUACCAGAGCCAUGUCUGCAAUAGGGGGCACUCUUACCAUUCUGGCACAUCCUAAAGUGGUCCAUCUGGGAAUUAGCUCGCCACAUGCUCUGACACCCCUUCCUGUGGUUGCUCGUCCCACCACUCUCGUGCUCUGGGAGCUGCAGUGCUUUCCUCUCGGUGGCUUAACCCUCUGGUCAAGUCACAAUCAAGACCCCCACAUCCUGGGAUGUUAUCCAGGGACCCUUCCCCAGCAGCUCAGGUCUUUCCUCUCUCAACCCUUACUGCUCCUUCCCUGGACUGCUCCACACACACCUGGGACAGGCUCUUGCACUUCCCCCUUGUACCAGGGAGUGUGUCUGCAGACUCCUCAUUGCCGCCCCCCUGCUGCCAGCUCCUGGCUUUAUAGACACAUCCCCCAGCCCAGGUGUGCUUCAUCCGCAAUUCAGCCUCACUAUGUCCUAGCUCCCCUCGAGGUGCAGCCUAUGGCUAACUGGCCUCUCUUGCCUGUAUUAACCCCUCCAGAGCCCGUGCAGGGUGCACACCCCAUCUCUGACUGUAGAAACAGCUUGCACAAAAUUGGAACUAAUGCAAGGGCAUUGUGAGGCUAAAUGCAUUAAUAUUCCCAAGGUCCUUUGAGAUGUUUGGAUGGAAGGUGCAGAAUCAGUGCAUUCUGUUGUUAGUUAAUAUUACUGUAUUGUGGAGAUAAAUCUUGAAUUGUGUCUCUUCUGUGUGUAGCCGAGAAGCGAUGGAGCCUUUUUAUCUGUAUGACAUCAGGGCUGUAACCUCCAACAAAACCAUUGAGAGAAUUAUUUCACCCAUGGCAGCUCAACUUUGUCAUUUAAUGAUCGCAGCUGAGUGGGAAGGGGUGAAUAACGAGCGCCUAGCUGAUUUAGAAAAAGCUGCUGAAGAAUUAGCCAAAGCUACCGAAGAACUUGCUUACGUUGCGAGAAGGGUGGCUCAUGAGUACAACAAUGAACUACUGGCUGGGGAGAUGCUGCCUGCUGCUGAAUCGCUCCUCAUGUCUGGGAAGAGGAUCUUACUAGUGGCCCAGAAACUUCAUAUUCAGCCAGACGUUCAGAGUCAUCAGGAGGAACUGAUUGAUUCAGCAAAGAGAGUCUUAAUGGAGACUGUAAAGAUCCUCCAGCUUGAAGAUGAUGCUGUAGUGACAAGGAUUAUCCAGGCCGCUCAUUGGCUUCAGGAUUGCCUGACCACACUUGAGUUCGCAGGAGACAUACCAGCUAUGCUGGCUGCUUUCCGUGACUUUUCAGAGUCCUUGCUCCUGCUGAACAAUUUGACAGAAAGACGCAUCCAAGAGCUCAGAGAUUCUCCUCCUCAGAAGUAUUUGGCCCAGACACUGCAGAUCCUUAGGAAGUGUAUCCCGAUGUUGCAUGCUGCAAAACACAGUCACCUGAAGCACCCCCAGGACCAGCAUGUGAAUGGUUCCAAAAACUACAUUUUCAAUUUGAUGGAUAACACCAUAAAGGAACUGAUUUCCUUACUGACAAACACCACCAGAAACAAGGAACGACUGGAGAGAAAUAGGCUCUUUUCCCAGCAACUGAGCCAGCUGCUGGGCCUCCUGUCCAACACAAACCCUGCUCACCUAGCUGAGGGCAAAUUCAGUUUUCUUGUGGAAACACUGGUCUUCCACUGCAUGCUUUUAGCUAACUCAUCCAGGCGAAGUAUUAAGCUGCAGUUGAUAAAGCACUGCCAUCAUCUCCUAAUGCUCAGGAAAAGCAUUUCCAACCAUGGAAGCAUAAUGGAGGAAUUGCCAGCACAAAGCCAACUAGAAUGCAACCUAGAAGAGAAAUGUCAUGCAAUGAGAGUUGAGGUGGAGAUUCUUGAUCAAACAGUGCUCACUGCUGUUUUGUGUCAGAUUCUGGACACUUUCACAGACAUUAACGAACCCCUGAGAAGGUUAAUGCAGGCUGCACUGGAACCUACUACUGGGCAAUAUUCUCCUGCAGAAGAGGAUGGAUUUCUAAGAAAACUUCAGCCUCUUAUUACUGCCUUCUUCGGUCAUGCUCAUCAGAUGCUCAAAGUGGCAAAUUUUGUUCUGGCCAGCUGCACCAAUGUCAAAAUCAUUAAAGAAAUUGAAGAUCGUAUAGACUGUUUAAAUAGACUCCUUGCCACGAUGCCUCUACUCCUCACGGAAAUGAGCAAAGAUCCAAAUAAGAUUAACAUCCAGGAACAACUACAAACCUUCUAUCAAAGAUGGGCUUGGACAACAGAAAGCUUGUUAGCAUGUGUUGAUGAGACAAUCAACUUGCCUGAAUUCCUCGAUCUGUCUAUUCAGGAAAUGGCCGAUCACAGAGAGCGUUGUGAACAAGAACUAGAGAGUCAGAACUCUGGAAGGUUUUCAUGGCAUGCCAGUCAUAUGACCAGCCGAGCGGCUCGCGUGAUCCAAGUUACUAACAGAUUUGUGGAUAAAGUCAGAGAUCCUAUUUUCAAGAACGGUUUGUUAGUUUUAGUUAAGCAAUUGGAAAUCUCCAUUCUGGAAGUGAGAACUGCUACUAGCCACUGUUUAGGAGGCAUCUCUUUUCUACAAACUAGAAAUGCAUUUUCAAAGAGAGUAAAGCAUCUGAUGGACUCCACUCGAAAUGUCAGAGAGGGGCUGCAUGAGUCUAACCACCCAGAUAUUCUUAGUCCACUUCGGGAACAAAUUCGGAGCCUUGACAUUCCAAAAGUGCUGGGAUGCUUUUCAGACCAGGACCAUGUAGAGCUCAGACCACCAGAUAUCAUAAAACAAAGCACUGCUGACAAUAUCGAAUUAGUGGAAGAAUUUUUAAGGGAACGGCUUCCGUCAGCCACCUCUCCUCUUGAGAUGCUUCCAAGAGCAGAUAACUUAUACCCGAGAAGAGUGGAUGUACAUCCUGUGAUCAAUGAACUCAUCACUGCAACAAAGAAACAUGACAUUACUGCUGUAAACACUGCUUGCUUUCGUUUACUUGAACUUUCCAACUGUUGUGUAGAUGCAGCUCAGGAAGCCUUACCAAUUGUCAAGUCGCCACUGCUGGAAAAGCUGACCCACUACAGAAAGAUAAUUCUAUUAACACCAUCUAUUAUUAGCUUAGCUAGGGAGAUAGGUGCAAACCCAGUUUCCAGAGCAGACAGACUUCUUCCAACAGCUGUUUUGUUAUCGGAGAAGAUUUGUGAAACUAACCAAUGCCUGGUGGCUGUGGCAGGCUCUUGGUACAGUCUAGUCCAGCAGUUAUUCUGCACAGUAGCUCCAGCUGACUUUCUGAAGAGCAAACAAACUUUGGAUGAGAUAAUGCAGACUUUAGCAACAGUUGUUCAGCUAGCGGCUGAUGUUGCAUGUACAGAUUGUGAAGAGGAGCUCACGAUAGUUCCUAAGAUUCAGGAAAGGUUUGUACGGGUCCAAGCAAAAUUCACAAGUGUUCAGACUAAUACAAAGCAUUUACUUGAAAAGGUGCCGUCUUCUGAUUGCUUCUGUUCUCACCAUGACCAUCUCGAGGGGAUCUGCCUUCUCUGGUCUGUCAGCAUACAGGUGCUCCUGAGUGCUGUGGAUCAGCUCAUAGGACGAGAUGUUUUGUUCUUAGGUGAAUUAAGGAAUACAAUGAAGCACAAGCUUUGCUUGCAGGAUGUCCUGGCAGCUGUAUCCGAGAGCUCUUUGAGAAUACAGGAGGCAGCCCGGCUGUCCUAUCUCGCCUGUGCUGAACGCAGUGUGCAGUGUGACAUCCUAGUGCUCCGGGAGGAGGUAAAGGUACUAACUGAAGCUCUGCUGCAAGUGGCGGAUGUUCUGUCUGUCUCCCCAGUGCCUGCUACAAACUUGUCCAUUCGUGCUGAGCUGCUCCAACGAGAGCUUGCUAUUAGAGUGAAAGCACUUCUGCUCCUCCUGACCAGCACCAAUCAGGAGUACACAAGGGUUAUCCAAAACAUCCUCAGACUGGCCUGGCCUCCUGCACAUGCCCAGGGAGGUGACAGAGGGAUGGUUAAACAGGCAGAUCAGAUAAUGGCAAAUGUCCAGCUGGUCAAAACCAUCAUAGAAGACACUUUGGAGAACACAGCUCAUCUAAAAAUGCGGGAAAGGCUGCUCUGCCUGACAGACCACCUUCUCCUCCUUACUGCUGAGCUGCUAGGAAGAGCUGGUGAGCAGCUUCAAAGCCAUCAAGAAAAGGAGCUGGUCCAGCUAGACUACAUUGCAUGGGAGUGGUCUGCUAACGCUCACUAUGUGGUGACGCAGCUUCAAUCAGUGAAGGACAUUGAUAAAGCCGCCUUGGAGCUCAUUAAGCAGUGUUUACAAAACAGCAAGUCACAUGCUGUUGCAAACCAAUGUCAUGGCAAAGCAGAGCUCUCCCCCGCCAAGAUACCCAGCACCAAACACCAGAAUCACAUGCACCAAGCCACUUCAGCAGACCCCUGGCCUACCACGAGUGAAUCGAAAGGCUUAGCUGCCAGGGAUGUAUUUGAAAUCAUGCUCCUGAGUGACUCUCCCAACGACUCCCACUCCACUAGCAGCAAGCAGGGUAAGGGAGCCACUCCUGCUGCUCUGCCAGAGGACGCCAGACAGUGGCAGGAUGACAGCAAUAAAAUGCCCCAAGUCACCAAGGAAAUGGCCACUGGGAUGUCUCACAUGGCACGGUUUCUAAAGAGGAAGGGACCAAUAACGACCAAAGAGCAGCUCAUUGCCUGUGCUAGUCAAAUGGCUGCCAAUGGGCAAGUGUUUGUCAGAUUUGGCCACCUGAUUGCAAAGAACUGCCUAGAUGAAAGAUGUGCAACUGAACUACUGUGUGUCACCGAGCAAAUCCAAACAAUCAGCAACCAGCUGAGAAUUAUUUCCAGGGUAAAAGCAGCAACAGCAGGGAGUAAGUGCUCUGCUGAACUACUGGUGAACAAUGCACAGAAUCUGUUUCAAGUGGUCAUACAGUCCCUGAAGGCAGCAGAGACCGCGUGCGUCAAAGUAAGUGUGCACUGGUAUAGGUCAAGAUUCUUUCAGAAGGCGAGUUCAAAUAUAUUCACAUUUUUACCCCCAACACUUCUGGAUUCAGGCUGUAACUUUCAGAGAAUUUUAAGGGAGUUUGGUGUCCAAAUCUCACUGGAAUUUGGGCACUUAACUCACUCCCUGAAGAGCCUCUGCAAAUCCCAUCUGGAAUCUGUUUUUGCCUCUCAAAAGUGACCAGGCACCAAUUCUAGCAAAAAUAUUCCCUGGCAGCUGAUUGCACUGGAGUUCUAUCUUCCUGGGGGAGCCAUAAAUGUUCCUUAGCCUGGAUUUGUUGUGUUCUGCAAACCCAUAAUUAGAAUUUCUCACACAAUGUGACUAUUGUGGUCAAGUCUCUUAUAAUGGAGACAACUGCUUCCAGGAUCUGCAAUCUUUGCUCCUAUCCUGUACUUACUGUAUUGAAUCAUCCCUCCAAAUAACGGACCUUCACUGUCACAAUUUCCAACUUGCCCUCUGAGAUGAGAACUGCCCAGUAAGUACUGGGCCAUAUCUAUAAGGCAAAGCCGCAUAAGUUCAUCAAUGUGCCUUCAGCUUUUGAUUUUGAACAGAAAGGCAGAUAGACAAAAGAAACCCACUGCUGUGGAAGUAGGUUUUCAGCUGGGGCUUUAGAGACAGGUGAAGUGUCUCUUAGGCUUUGUCUUGGCUCAGUUAAGUUUCCAUUAAAACUCCCAAGGGCUUCCUAAUGAUGACAGCAAGAAAUAACUAAAUACCUUAAAUAAUUUAAUAGAGCAAUCUUUAACUGAGCAUGCUCAGAAAACAGGCACUCUUUCAACCAGACUCUGCUGAUACGACCUAUAAUUUCUGAAAAGUUGUAAAUAUUAAGGCCAGAAGGGACCAUUGUGAAUAUCUAGCCUGACCUUCUAUAUAACACAAGGAACUCGUAACUUCUGGUUCAGCUACAAUGCAUCUUCCAGAAAGAGAUCCACCUUGAUAUAAGGACUCCAGCUGACAGAGAAUCCACCACAUCCCCAGGGAAAAUGUUUCAAUGGCAAUGGUUAUCAUCGGCACUCUUAAAAAAUUUGCAUCUUGUUUCCAGUUUGAAUUUGCAGACUUUAACUUCCAGUCUUUGGUCUACUAGAUUAAGGAGCCUUCUACUAACAGAAAUCAUUCCCAUUUAGGUACUUAUAGACUCUCUCUCUCUCUUUGAUAAACUAAACGGAUUGAGUUCCUUUAGUCUCUCAUUGUAAGGUGCUUUUUCCAGACCAUAAAUCCAUUCUUGCAGCUCUUCUCUGAAUUGUUUUCCAUUUUCCCAACACGUUACUCCUUUUCAACCCAAGUGAUUAAUCAACGUUUUGGGGCCCUGGGGACAUUCCAGUUGGGAGUAGAAAUUUAUGAUGAGACUGAUAUGUUCUUUGAUGCAGUAUUGUGUAUUGACAAGGAAAUACAUAGUCCUGCUUUUCCAAAUGCAGGAAGAACCAAAAUUUAAAAGUUUCUUAUCUUGCAGGCCAAAGCUUUUUUCAGCCAGCAGCCCUGACCUCUCCCUAGCUUCUCCCAGGGCUACACCAUGCUUACAGGCUGCUGCUUGGCUUUCCUUCUCUGAGUCUGUUUGUUGUCUGCACACCAGCUUGUCCCCUUCACCCCCAAGUAAAACCAACCACCUCACCCCAAAACAAUACUCAGUUGAACCUUGCCAACAUGGUGCUACUAGUUUCUGGGUAGACUCCACUAUGCCUUAUUUAGGAACUUAACUUCUCUUACAGCUAUCUCAAAUGUAGAGCACAUUCACACCCAGCAGUUUAAAUGAGUUUUAACCUAACCAACAAGGUUUUACGCAGCUCAUAACUAUACUUUUACAAAGUGUGGAGAGCAGAACUGGACACAGUCUCACCAAUACAGUAUGAAGAGACAGUAUCACCUCUCUACACUUGCUACCUAUUGCCCUAUUUGUACAUGCAAGGAUCGCACUGGCUUUUGUCCCCACAGCAUGUGGGACAAUGCAUAUUCUACAAUAACCUGUAAACCCUCUUCAGUCACUGAUUUCCAGGACACAGGUAUUUUUGGUUCCUAGAUUAUGACUUUGCAUUUGGCUGUAUUAAAACAAAUGAUGCCUGGCUACACCCCAUUUACUAAGCAAUCCAGCUUGCUCUGUAUCAGUGACCUGUCCUUGUUAUUUACCAGCCCACAGAUCUGGGUCAUCUACCGAUUAUUUUCAGCAAUGAUUUUAUUUUCUUCCAAUUAAUUGAUGAAGAUACUGAAUUGCAUUGGGCUAAGAAUAAAUCCCUGGGGGCCUCACUAGCUGAUUCAUUAUCAACUGUGUUUUCAGAUAUAUCAUUUAGCCUGCUUCUGAUCUAUUUAAUAUGGGCAAUGAUUUUGCAGAGUACCAGCUUGUUAAUCAGAAUGUCACACUGUACUAAGUGCCUCUUUUCCAUGAAACCAUGUUGAUUGGCUUUCCUUAUAUUUCCAUUCUUUAACUCUUUACUGACAGUCCUGUGCCAGCUGUUCCAUUGUUUAGUCUAGGAGAGGUAUCAGGCUAACCAAGUUAACUUAAUUCCCACAUGUGGGCAUCUAGACUUGGUGUGUUUAGGCCCCUUUGUACUAUAAGAAAUUUUAAACUCCCAUGUCUAUCCAAGUAUAUUAAUGUGGGUAAUUAUUUUGCUUCCUUCAAACAGGGUUUGCGAAAGCCAGAUCCUGACUCAGAAGAAGCAGAGGCAGCUGCUUUUUGUAUUCAAUGGAAGAAAAAGCUGUUGUGGCACAGAGUCAAAGAAGCUUUAAACCCAGAUAGGGAUGAAUUUGGACUUCGCAGAACACGU